AUGAUCCAGCUUUGCAUCGUUGAAGCUAGUCCGUUUGGGACGUAUUUCUGCGAUUUGCGUGAAGGCGAGAAGAUCUCUGGUAGCGGUUUCGAGGGCUUGGGUGGCGAGGUAGGUUGGGGUGGGAGUAUGAAGGCUGGACGAUGGGGCGCGGGGGUAGCCAUUGUUGCUGUGACUGAGGUAAAGCCUAUGGCCUCUGUGGAGGUACGAAUAGCUGUGAACGGUGCAGGCAUUCGUGCUGGUGGGACGACAAAGCGAUGGGUCCUUAGGGUGACGGGUGUCGCAGGCUCAGACGAUUGGCGAGUGGAGGGUCGAGGUGUGAGCUGCGUGUGGCGCUCCGCGCGCACCUCUGCUUCAUGCUCUCUGCUUUGCGUGUGA